GCCCAGUGAUUAUGGAUGGGGCCGAGUCUGGGCGUGUUUGGUAAAUGGCAAUAGUAAACGAAAGUGAGAAAAUGAAGGAAUCAGAUGGAGAAAAAAAAAAGCAGCAAAGAAAAUGAGCUAAGGCUUUCUUUGCUGGAAGAAAAAGCCAAAACAGGGAAAACAAAAAUUAAGACUCUUCACUCUUUCUUUUUCGCAGUGAAUUAGAUUAGUGAUGUCUGUGAAUAACAAUAACCCUCCCAAGAGCAUUGGGGCGUCUUCGUCGCCCUUUGGUAAUGCUUCACAAGCACAAACACAAGCACAACUCAGUGCUGGUUUUCAAAAUCAGUAUCAGCUAUCCCAAGCUCAGGCCCUUGCUCAUGCUCAAGCUCAAGCUCAAGCGCAGUUAGCUCAUGCCCAAUUCCAAGCACACUUACAAGCUCAAGGUUUGUCCCUUAACCAAGCUCAAAAUGCCGGCAUUGGGAACUUAGGUACGUCUUCGCCAUCCAUGUCGACUCCUGGCAGUGCAAGUGCCAAGAGGAUCCUUCAAAGGCCCCCUAUGCGUCCUCCUGGUGUUCCUGUGACAAAUACAAUGUCUCCUUUGAGAACAAUGGAUCUUACGACCGCUGCACGUAAAAAGAAGCAGAAGCUUCCCGAGAAACAGCUGCAGGAUAGAGUGGCGGCAAUUCUUCCUGAAUCUGCUCUGUAUACCCAGCUUCUUGAGUUUGAGGCACGUGUCGAUGCUGCCUUAACUCGGAAAAAAGUUGACAUCCAAGAAGCCCUUAAGAAUCCACCUUGUGUUCAAAAGACACUUCGAAUAUAUGUUUUCAACACGUUUGCUAAUCAGAUGCAAACAAUUCCAAAGAAGCCUAAUGCAGAGCCCCCUACAUGGACCCUUAAGAUAAUAGGAAGAAUCUUGGAAGAUGGGGUAGAUCCAGAUCAACCUGCAUUUGUUCAAAAAACAAACCCCUUAUACCCUAAGUUUUCAUCUUUCUUCAAGAGAGUGACAAUUUCCUUGGAUCAGAGACUAUAUCCGGAAAAUCAUAUCAUUAUAUGGGAGCAGGCUCGAUCGCCUGCUCCUCAUGAAGGUUUUGACGUAAAGAGAAAAGGGGAUAAGGAAUUCACCGUGAACAUUAGGUUGGAAAUGAAUUAUGCGCCAGAGAAAUUCAAGCUUUCUUCAGCUUUAGUGGAAGUCCUUGGUAUUGAGGUUGAUACACGCCCCAGAAUUAUAGCUGCAAUUUGGCAUUAUGUGAAGGCUAGAAAACUUCAGAACCCAAAUGAUCCAUCUUGCUUUAAUUGUGAUGCACAACUUAUGAAAGUUUUUGGGGAAGAAAAAGUGAAAUUUACCAUGGUUUCGCAGAAGAUAUCGCAGCAUUUGUCUUCACCACCUCCUAUACAUUUGGAGCAUAAGAUCAAGCUUUCCGGGAACAAUCCUGCUGGGUCUGCAUGCUAUGAUGUGUUAGUUGAUGUGCCAUUGCCUAUACAGAGGGAUUUGUCUGCUCUGUUAGCAAAUGCAGAGAAGAGCAAAGAGAUUGAACAGUGCGACGAAGCAAUAUGUGCUGCCAUAAGGAAAAUUCAUGAGCACCGUAGAAGACGUGCAUUCUUUCUAGGGUUCAGCCAAUCACCUGUGGAAUUUAUCAAUGCUUUAAUCGAGUCUCAGAGCCGGGAUCUUAAAUUGGCAUCUGGGGAAGCUAGUCGAAGUUCUGAAAGAGAGCGACGAUCAGAUUUCUUCAACCAACCAUGGGUUGAAGAUGCCGUUAUCCGUUAUCUGAAUCGCAAGCCAGGUGCUGGUGGAAGUGAUGCACCAGGAAGCACAUGAGUCGUGAUUCCAUCGAUUUGAAUCAUGUACCAAUUUUAGACCAUUCCUUUAAUGGAAGUAGAAUUGCAGUGUUUUUUUUUUUUUUUGGGGGGUGCAAUUGAGAGGGAUGUAGAACAGGAAGUAGCUUUGUGUAGGCAUAAUUAUCAUAAAAAAUGAUGAUAAUAAUAAUAAUUUUCAUUAGAAAAAAAUUGUUUUGUUCAAUUUGUAACUUGCAUAUUGUAGACCUAUGCUAUUUGUAACCGAGGAUGCGUACUAAUAUAGAUGUCUGCCAUGGGUAUAUGUUCAUAUUACAGGAUA